AGGAGCUUGCAUAUCAACUCCACCUGGAUUAAAAAAAAAUUGAAAGCCUGGGGAAAGAGGUUUUUCUUUGUUGGUCUCACAGGGUUGUAAUCCAAAGUCACUUCUAAAAUGACUGGGGCACACUUUAACCGUGACCACAGUCCUUUGCUGUUGUGUGCAACCGAAUCCUGGAGUAGAGUCUUGGCUAAAAUUGCAUUGACCCUCUUUGGACUCCUUCUUUGUGGAGCUGCUGUAGGUCUCUUGUUUGGCGGUGCAUUUGUGAUCUUCACCUACCAGAGCUACCGAUUCUUCAUUCAGAACAAGUUCUUUUCUGUGCCAGGCUGGUUGGCAGUGGUUUCUGCCCUUUUGCUGUUGCCAACUGGGGCUCUGGCAAUGUGUGUCCCAGUAAAGAAUUCUCGCCAUCUCCAAGGGAUUGUAAUGUACUUGUUCUUGGUCCUUUUUUGUUUGGAAGUCUCUUCGGUGGUUAUGACACAGAUCUAUUCAGCUGAAGUGGAGUCUCAACUGAAAAACAAGAUGGGCCCUUUCUUUCACAAGUACAACUGGACUGCUCCAAACCACAGGGACACAGUAUAUGUGGAUGCCACUCAUAAGAAGCUGAAAUGUUGUGGAAUCUCCAAUUACACUGACUGGAUGAUAAUGCUUCCAAACCAUCUCCAGAUAGGGCAUGGUUUUGCCCCAGAAAGCUGCUGCAGAGAGACUUAUUUGGAUUGCCGUGGUGAUCUGAGCCAGCCGGAGAAACUCUUUAAGGAUGGCUGUCACAAGAAAUUGGAAGAACGAUUCUAUUUUGUCAAGCAGUAUGUGACCUGGUGUUGUGUUGUGAUCAUUUGUCUGGAGAUUCUAGCAGCUAUCAACAAUGGAAUACUUAUGAAGGAGCAGCCAUUCCAAGACUUCCGAAUUCUUGAUUCUGCUGCUUUUUCAUAGUCCCUGUAACUAGUUGUUACUGUUUAAUCUUUUCUGUAUUUCGUGAACCUACUAGCUUCUCUCCUUAAAGUUGAGCUGGCAGCCUCAAAAAUGUAGAAAAAUCUAUGGUAUGUUACUUCUUUCUUCCCUAAAGAGUGCAAAUGUUCUGUUAUUUAAUAGAAAUAUUGUAUUAUUCUGUAUACAAUUUCCAGGCCCUUUGAUUAGACAUAUUUUUAGAAACAAAAUAAUACUCAAUAAAUUAAUGCACAUAGAAAAAACAUUUGAAAUUAUCAA